AUGGCAUUAGCACUCUGUGUGCAGGAUUUUCACCCUUUCAAAAAUGUCACUCCUGUGGUGGUAUACGUUUGCAUGAUGGGUUAUAAUAUUGCCAUGUCUUUAGGCAUGGCAGGGAUACCAAGUGUCAUAAUGUCUGAGAUAUUUCCUAUAAACAUCAAAGGUUCAGCAGGAAGCCUCACGACAAUAGUUCGUUGGUUCUUCGCUUUUCUUUCUUCUUACACUUUCAAUUUUAUGAUGCAAUGGAGUCCCGCUGUUCUGGUACCAGAGACCAACGACCGAACACUCGAAGAAAUUCAAGCAUCACUUACGUAUCUUCCUGAAUGAGUAUGGUGAAAUAAUAAAAGAGAAAAGCUUGCUGAAGUGAUCUUAGCCUUGGAAGGCUGGACAAGGUCUGGACAAUUUGUUGUCAAAAAAUAAUAAAAUGUGUGAUUUGCUAUUUUUUUGUACUCAAAAACUGCUUUGCUUACUGUCACGGAUUUUUUUUUUUAAAAGAAGCAAUGUGUGCUA